AUGCAUGCAUGGCUGCACGAAGAUUUUGAUUCUCUCGCACAAUCUCUCUGGCUCCAACAACCAGAAGAGAUGAAGAUGAGUGAUGAUGGAGAGGGUUUGGCGGACCAAGUGAAAAGAGUGCAUGAAGAAGUGAGGGCAGUUAUAAAGGGUAGUAAUGAAUCGUCUGCAGUCGCUGCCAAUCAACACCGAAAAGUCAAAGAUAUUGAAGAAGGUGACAUUGUUUUGGUGCAUUUGAAGAAGGAAAGAUUUCCAAAAGGCACAUACCAUAAAUUGAAGUCCAAGAUGUUUGGGCCAUAUAAGGUGUUGAAGAAAAUGAGCUCAAUCGCUUACAUGAUAGAGCUGCCACCGGAUCUCCAGAUUAGCCCAUAUUUCAAUGUCUCUGAUUUGUAUUUGUUUGAGGGAUUUGAUGAAGAAACAAUUUCAAAGGAGGCACAAAUCCAGCAACUUCCAAAGGCACAACCAGAUAUUGUUGAGGAUGUGUUGGAUGUCAAAGAGGUGACGUCAAGGAGGGGUAACCAAUAUAGGCGGUUCUUAGUGAAAUGGUUGGGUAAGAAUGCUACUGAGAAUACUUGGAUUGCUGAAUGUGAUUUAAAGAGGAUUGUUCCAGAGAGAUAUGCUGAAGUUGUUAAAGCUUUCUCACCAGAGUCGACUUCUUCCCCACCUGGCGGAGUUGAUGCAGGAGCAUCUGUUUGUUAG